CCCAUCUAUUGACCUCGACUGAAUAGGGCGGUGCGUGCGUUCUCAAGGGAAAAGAUUGAAAGAUCAAAAUAUCAAGAGCGCGCUGAAAGAACAACCUAAGAACAAACUCAAACUAGCCCCGAGAAACCUGCACUGCAUUGGCACCUUCCCACUCCCGCCCAACUUUGCGCAUUUCUACUUCUGCAUGUUCUAAAGAAAGCAAUUUGGUUCAAAGCCUCUCAAAGUCGAACCGAAGCCUGCUGAUUUCUUUCCUUUUUCUUUUUCUUUUUUCCCACCCACGCCACCAACCACCCACCUAACGCCAAAAGAGUUCUCCUGCUGAGUUCCAUGUUGAAUUGAACGCCCAAGUUUGUUGACCACAACCAAACACCGAACAGAACUUCUCUUUACACAAGAAACAAUACUUGAGAUAUUCUGUAAGAAAGAUAUCAAGAAAGCCUGAUUCAACAAACGAUCAAGAUCUCGACCUUGUUCGUUUAAAACCGACAUUCGUUUGUACACACACUCCCUUCUUAUUUCGAUCGAGAAGGAUUCUUGGAUACACCUCCUUUCUUUGUAAUUUCUGCUGGCCCAUCGGGAAGAUCCUUCAACAUUCAACCUUUCCUUUCCAGCUCUUUCAAACUAACGACACUCAAUACCUUCACGAUAACAUUCCAUGAAUUUUGAACUUCCACGAAUUGAUCUGAGGUUGCCUUUAACUGUUUUUCGAUCACUUCGAGGAAUUGGGCGCGUGUGUCCUUGAUCUAUUUCCAUCCUUUCUUCCACAUUACGAACCUCUUACGAAUUCCGCAUUCCAGAACAUCAACCACAACCGCCUUGGCUGACGUAGCAGAUGCUAUUGGAGUUAUAAGAUUUUUUUUAAUUUGGGCUUGUUUCUAUUGUCGCUAUGGACCACUCCUAUAGUGGUUCCGGGCGAAAGCCCCCUCACAUAACAGUCAAUUCGGGCAGCGGUGCAGAUCUGUUGGAUUCAUCUACUACUUCUCCUGCUACUGCAGGAACUCCUGGUCAAUCGAGACAGUUAAUUCCGCCGCCGAGACCACCGGCUACCGGUUCGCAACAGUCACUAAUGACUACUCCUCAAAUGUAUGGCUCACCCGAUGUAGCUCAGUCCAAUGAAAUGCUACUUCCUCCUGCGAGAUCGCGGACUACAGCGAACAAUCAAUCAUCAUCAUACUCCGAUUACCCUUUACCUUCUCCUUCGGUAUCGGGAUUCUCAUCACGAAGAACAAGUUGGAGCUCAGAAGCGGGAAGUCGAGACAGCCGAGCGGGACCAUUUGGCUCACCUUUUGAUGAUUCGAGAGCUUCUUCCAGAGCAGGCGACAGUGACGAUGAGAAUAUAAAUACACAAACUGUCUCCGAAAAAUAUAAUAUCAUGCCAUCUGCAGGAUUGUUACUUUUUCCAGAGGAUGUCGAGAAAGAUGAUUACCUUCACAACCCGGACCCAAGUGACAAGGACUUAGAUAAGUGCGACAUAUGGAACAGGAGAGGUCUUACAAAUGUGGGAGGCUUAGUUUUCAUCGUCUUGGGCGUGCUGGCCUUGUUUGUAGCAUAUCCAGUGGUGUAUGUUUAUUUUGUUGAUGUUUGGGAGAGCUUCUGCUAACAAUCGCAUAGUACAUUUGUCAAAGGCAAAAUAGAUCCGACUCACGGAGCUUGCGCGGCAGCAGUAGAUUGUUUAUCCAUCAAAAUUCCCCUUCUCAAGAAUGUGAGGACGGGUCUCAUAGAUCCGGAUACCCCAGACUCUGUCAAAUCUAAAACUGCUCAGGACGGUACGAAGUUGAAGCUGGUGGUAGGUUCAUCACAUAAUGUAGCGCUGCAUCUAAUACUAACAAACCAUAGUUUUCUGAUGAAUUCAACACCGACGGUCGAACUUUCUAUGAUGGUGAUGAUCCAUUUUUGCAAGCCGUGGAUAUCUGGUACGGUGCCACUCAGGAUUUAGAGUGGUAUGAUCCAGAUGCUGUGACAACUGGAAACGGUACUCUGAACAUAAAAUUCGACGCUUUCCAAAGUCAUAACUUGAAUUACCGCUCGGGAAUGGUCCAGUCGUGGAAUAAGUUGUGCUUCAAAGGUGGUCGCAUAGAAGCUAGUAUUUCAUUACCGGGACGAGGAGAUUGGCCUGGUUUCUGGCCUGGUUUCUGGAGUAUGGGUAAUUUGGGAAGGCCAGGGUAUCAAGCUACCACGGAAGGGAUGUGGCCGUACAGCUAUUGGGAUAAAUGCGAUUACGGGAUUACGGCAAACCAGAGUUCAUCAGAUGGUGUCAGUUGGCUGCCUGGUAUGAAGCUGCCAGCUUGUACCUGCAAGGGAGAAAACCACCCUUCAUCUGGCAAUUCUCGGUCGGCACCUGAAAUCGACGCAUUAGAAGCCACUAUUGGGUUCAUGAAGACAGACUGGGGAGGAGCUACGGGAUCCGCGUCUCAAUCAUACCAAAUUGCUCCCUUCGAUAUAUUCUACAUGCCAGAUUACAAUUAUGUUGAAGUGUAUGAUAACGAACAGAGCUCCGUAAACUCCUACCGUGGUGGGAAUUAUCAACAGGCUAUGUCUUCGAUAACUUGGCUCAACAAUGACUGGUAUGAUGGUAAUGGAUAUCAAACGUAUGGAUUCGAAUAUACCCCUGGAGCCACGGGGAAGGUCACAUGGUUCGUCGGUGAUCAGUACACUUGGAAAAUGGAUGCCCGGGCUUUGAGGCCAAACGGAAAUAUAGGUCAACGAACGAUGCCUGAAGAGCCCAUGACGGUCAUCAUGAAUUUGGGAAUGGGUACCAGUUUCUCGGAAGUUAUGAUGCCUAACUUGAACACUUUGUUUCCUGCUACUAUGCGUUUCGAUUACCUCCGAAUAUAUCAACCAGAAGGAUCCGAAUCGGUCACUUGUGACCCUGAGGGAUAUCCCACCACCGAAUACAUCGCACAGUUCCCAAAGGCAUAUGUAAGUUUAUAGUUUCCUUUCUCACGAGAAGAAUGUUGCUGAUCAAGUUAGGACAACCAAAACCAUACUUCUUGGUCAGACGCUGGCUAUUCGUGGCCCAAAAAUUCUUUCGUCGAUACUUGCUAGAGACCCUCCAUUUCUUUCACAAACUUUUUGUAUAAAAAGAACGUACAUUGCUUUGCAAAAUCGCAAAAGCGAAUCAUAUACCCCUCCAGACGUGACACGAUUGUCAUGCGCCAAAGGACAUAUAGAAGGCGGUCGGAUAUAGCGGCGCCUGGCGAUUUCAAUUCAUCUUUUCUUCAACAUAUAUUACAAAAGAGGGCGCGUCUUUGUUAUUAAUCUUGUUUCCUGGCUCCAAAUACACAAUUGCAUAGCGGCGUCGGCGUUUUAUUCUUCUCAGCAUCGAGCGUGUUCAUCGAUUUGGCUUUCUAGCUUUUCACCGACUAGUUGGUUACAUUCAAAUUGCAUUUUGAAGUCUUUGUGCUAUUGCUGUUGUACAAAAUACCACUGGUUCAUAUUCUGCACGUUUUUAGUAAGAUUUGGGGUUUUGAGUGGAUGAUGGAUGGAACGGAUUGUUCUUCGUAAAUCGAAUAUUGCGUUUAAUCUUAGAGGAGGACAUCAUGGAGCUCUAGACGGGUAUCCUUACCAGAACAUAGGAAAGAGGAUUCAGAGGACGGAGGGAGGAUAAAUGAAUGAAUGGAUUGACUUUAUUGACUAAUUGACUUAACUGAUUGGAUCGGAUCGAUUGGUUUGGCUUGGCUGGCUUGGUCUUUGGUUUGAUAUUGUAUUUGGUUGGAUUUUGCGAUGCGGACGGGGUUCCUCUGAUCGAUCUCAAUAUGAUUUGUUUAGGACGAAUAGGCUAGCAUUAGACCAAUGAGUGCCAAAGAGAAAGUCGGAAGGGAGGCGAAAAUGGGAGAUGGGGCACUGAGGAUGGUUGAGAAGCGAGAAGUGGGAACCCAUAAGAGGUGUAUAUACCAAUAGUGAUACCAAUUUCA